UACACAUAACAUUUCUUUUGCUGUGCAGGAGGAGGAACUCGGGGAGCCUCUCACCGAGGUGGGAGGGUGGCAGAAGAUGAAGCUGAAGCAGCCCGAUCUGAGCCAGCCUCAGCCCUCGCUGCCCGAGUACUUCGGCUAUGCCGAAGAGGAGUUGGAGAACUACUGCUCGGCGUUCAAGGGUCUUCAUCCGGAGGUGGAUGAUCCUAUUCAGGAGGAGACCGACUUAGACGGCGAUUAUGGUGGCAGGGCGCGGCUCGGAGCAUGGCCGUACGAAGCUUCUUAGUGGGGUGAUCAAGCCGCAGAGGACCCUCACGCAGAUCAGGUCUACCCUCACCGCCGGCGACCCACCGAUCGCGCCUCCUCGACACCGUCGUACCGAUGCUAACUUUGGGGCCGCCUACGCGGCCACUUAUGAGAAGUAUUUGACAGUUGUAGCAGACUGGGACCUCAAGAGAGCAGCUUGGGAAGAGUACCAGGAGGCGACGAGUCGUGCGCUCAGGACGUUCUUCCAGACUGGAGAGAGGAUCGCACUUCCGGAAGAGGAGCCACCUAGGCCGGGGCCGACUCCACUGUGCCCAUCGAGGGAAGCUUUCGCGGCCACAUACUACGCACGGACUCCGGGCACGGGAAGUUCGCGGAACCGACCCUCUCCUGGUUCGUCGCGCGAGGGCACACCGAUGCACCCCGGCCGCCAUUCUCCCGGUGCUUCAGGGUUUACUCCUGAUGGCGAUGGUUCAGGCCAUGGUUCUACCUCGGUCUACCUCGACAAAGGCCGGACGCCUGAAUUUACGAGUCAGGAACUUGGUUGGUCGUGGCGAGCCGCAGUGAUUUCCUCGCGACAUGCGGCGCCACCUGCCUUGCCGUGGCUCAUUUCCCCCUCCUACAACGAUGAUGAUGGGAAGACGAAGCGCCUGUUCUGUCCCGAGGAUGGCAAGGUCGUCCGCAUCACGCUCCCGAGCAAGGCGUUUGGAAGGUUUUUCAUGGGAGCUCAGGACAGCGGCUGGGUCGCCACUCUAGGGCCUAACUUGAGAUUUGCAGUGGUGAACCUCUUCUCUGGCAUCGAGGUGGCAUUAUCCGAGAAACAGAGGAGGGCCGUCUGCGCAUGCCACGACGCCCUGUGCAUCAUCCAGAAGGUAGUCUUCUCGGAGCCUCCCACCUCGAGCGGCUGCAUCCUUGCAGCCAUCACCCACCAGUGCGGCAUCGCGCUAUGUAGAAUCGGCUGUCCAGAAGGCGGGUAG